UUGUUGUGAGCCCCGGCCCGGCAGUCUCCGGACUCGUAGCCCCUCUGUCCUUACCGGGACCGCUAGCCCGAGUCUAGGUCGCAGCCGCAGUCUCAUUCUGUCGAUUCCCCUUUCAGCACAGGUCCUUUCCGCACCCCCUGCGCUCUCUAAUAUGCCCAACCCUAACAGCACCUCCUCUCCCUACCCCCUCCCUGAGGAAAUUAGGAACCUGUUGGCAGAUGUUGAAACAUUUGUCUCAGACAUACUGAGAGGGGAAAAUUUAUCCAAGAAAGCAAAGGAGAAGAGAGAAUCCCUUAUUAAGAAGAUAAAAGAUGUAAAGUCUGUCUAUCUUCAGGAAUUUCCAGACAAAGGUGAUGCAGAAGAUGGGGAAGAAUAUGACGACCCUUUUGCUGGGCCUCCAGACACGAUUUCAGUAGCCUCGGAACGAUUUGAUAAAGAUGAUGAAGGCCCCUCUGAUGGAAAUCAGUUUCCUCCAGUUGCAGCACAGGAUCUUCCAUUUGUUUUAAAGGCUGGCUACCUUGAAAAACGCAGAAAAGAUCACAGUUUUCUGGGAUUUGAAUGGCAGAAACGGUGGUGUGCUCUCAGUAAAACAGUAUUCUAUUAUUAUGGAAGUGAUAAAGACAAACAACAGAAAGGUGAAUUUGCGAUAGAUGGCUACAGCGUCAAGAUGAAUAACACCCUUAGGAAGGAUGGAAAGAAGGAUUGCUGUUUUGAAAUCUCUGCUCCUGAUAAACGUGUCUAUCAGUUUACAGCAGCUUCUCCCAAAGAUGCCGAGGAAUGGGUACAGCAGCUGAAAUUUGUAUUACAAGAUAUGGGAUCUGAUAUUAUUCCUGAAGAUGAUGAUGAAAGAGGAGAAUUAUAUGAUGAUGUUGAUCAUCCUCUACCAAUCAGCAGUCCACCAAAAAGUGGCCAACCAAUAGAUGAGGAAAUUUAUGAAGAACUUCCAGAAGAGGAAGAAGACAAUGCUUCAGUGAAAAUGGAAGAACAAAGGAAGCUGAGUCAGGACAGUGUUCAUCACACCUCGGGAGAUAAAAGCACCGAUUAUGCUAAUUUUUACCAGGGUUUGUGGGACUGCACAGGAGCUCUCUCUGAUGAGUUGUCAUUUAAACGUGGUGAUGUGAUUUACAUUCUUAGCAAGGAAUACAAUAGAUAUGGCUGGUGGGUAGGAGAAAUGAAGGGAGCCAUUGGCUUGGUGCCUAAAGCCUACAUAAUGGAGAUGUAUGAUAUUUGAGAGUCUUGGGUAAAUGGAAGAUUCCUGUGCUCGUGGGCAAGUGCUUUGGCUUCAGAAGCAUUGUGAAAGCAUGAGUGACAGCUCGUAACCUUUCUUUGUUUUGUGGAACAUCAUUUGUCUUCCACUGUUAGUUUAUGCAUUUGUUACAGUGUUCCUCUGAUGUGAAAUUAAGUGAAGGGUAUUAAUGUAAAUUAGAUGCAAACAGUGAAGUUACACCUGUUGCUUUUUUUGCAAAGUAAUAAUUGUAGUUUUUAUUUACCCAUCUGAUUUGUGUGAAGAAUUCACUGUUUUAUAUGUACUACCUACAUAGUUACU